GAGCAUUUCCGGUGAAAUUGUUUUCAUUCGCAACAAAUUUACCAAGUUUUUAGUCAAAAUCGAUGGUUUACCAGAUGACUAGCAGAUGUAAAUAACGAACAAAAACCCCGUUUGAAGAGAAGAUAAUAAAACAUUUGCAAUGAUGUCAAGCGAAGACAAAGAUCAAAUGGAAAAUGACUCGAUAGGUACGAUGGGAAAUGAUAAAUGGCUGGAUGCCUAUAAGGACCCAGUGGCCUCUCUCUACACAUUGACCCAGUGUAUCUGUCUGUCCGACGUCCAAGCCGACGGUGACUGGAAACUUAUCAUAGCGGAUCUAGGGACGGGAACGUACAACAUGAAGCUCAAAGUCUACAAAGGGACAAAUUUAAUGAGUGAGCACACGAUAAUUGACUUACCUACAGGGGUUGUGACAUUCUACAUGGACACCCAUGAACCCCGGACACCAGCCAUAGCUGUAGCCUCAGGUCCGUACAUUUAUGUAUACAAGAAUUUGAGGCCGUAUUUCAAGUUCACCCUGCCAACACUAGAGGUUAACCCUGUAGAGGCCGAUCUCUGGAAUCAGGUCAAAGAGGAAAAGAUAAAUAUUUUUGUGCUAAGGGAAAUGCUGGAGGGAAUGAGGGCUGAAGGCAUUGUGUUAACUGUGAGGUCACUGAGAUUUCUACAACUACAGGAUGUUGGAGAUUGUGAAACUUUUGCCAACAUGUACAAACACACACCACUAAAGAGACAGACUGUGAUAACUUGUUUAAGUACUAUGAAGAAGUCUAUGGCUGAGGAAGACGCCAUCAGCUGUCUGGUCCUGGGGACAGAGAGUAAAUCCGUGUAUGUCCUUGACCCCGAGGCCUUCACUGUACUCACCACACUAGAUUUGCCGGCGGUACCUGUGUUUCUCAGUGUGACUGGUCUUUAUGACGUGGAGUAUAGGAUCGUGGUAGCUUGUCGUAAUGGAUGUAUAUACACAUUAAAAAGAGGUACAACUGACCCGACAAAGAACUGUAUUGAGUUGAAUUCUCAGCCUGUAGGUCUGGAGAGAAUCAACAAAACAAUUUAUGUCGGAACGAUGGAUGAAUCUCUUCACUGCUACACAUCUAAGGGUAAGAAGUUGUGGACGGUAAAGUUACCGGGGAGUAUGACGACUAUGGAGGUGAUAGACUACAAGAGUAAGGGCUUUAAGGCGGUGAUAGUGGCCCUCAAUAACUGUCAGGUCCACAUCUACAAGGAGAAGUACCUCGUCAAUGUCAUCAAGACGGACGACGUCGUCACCGGGCUCAAGUUUGGACAGUUUGGGCGGGAGGAGGGAACUCUCAUAAUGACCCUGAAAGGUGGAGGACUGAUGAUUAAGAUCCUGAAGAGAAAUGCCACGUUUGAGGAGAAGGAUUUGUCUGGGGGUCCCCCCGCCGCUCAGAACUCUCGCCUCAACGUCCCAAAGAAAACCAAGCUGUUUGUGGACCAGACCAUGAGGGAAAGAGAGAGCGCAGUCAGUAUGUAUCACUCAGAAAAAAAGGCUAUUAUAUUUCACAAGUUUAUUCCUUAUGACAAGACUUUAUGGUACCAACAUUUUUGA